UCCGCCUCAGCCGCCGCCGCCUCAGCGCUGCCCGGUGCCCUCGGCUGCCGGGCUGUUCUCCCGGCCUCGUACGUGUGCGUGCCCCGAGCCGGGGGGUUCCAGGAGGUUGCAUUAAAAUAAAUCUGGACUUUGCACAGGAGGGGAAAAGCCUGACAUUCCUGAAAAUGGCAGCUGAGAAAUCCACAGACGUUCCAAAAACUGCUAGACAGUUUGUCGUUAAGGAACAGGUGAUUGCAGAAAGAAAAUGGUUGAAGCUUGCAGAAACAACUUACACUGAUCCCUUUGGUAAAACCAGAACUUGGGAGACUGUAAAGCGUACGGGGAAUAAGAAGGGUGUUUCAGCUGAUGGUGUGGCCGUGAUCGCAGUCCUACAGAGAACUCUACACUAUGACUGCAUCGUCCUCGUGAAACAGUUCAGGCCCCCCAUCAAUGCCUAUUGCCUGGAAUUUCCUGCAGGCCUCAUUGAGGAAAAUGAGACUGCAGAAAGUGCUGCACUGCGGGAGCUGGAGGAAGAAACUGGCUACAAGGGUGAAGUGGUUGAAUGUACUCCAGCUCUCUGCUUGGACCCAGGCAUGUCAAACAGCACGACACACAUUGUCAGUGUGACCAUUAACGGAGACGAGGCAGAGAACACCAGACCGAAGCAAAAACUCGAUGAUGGAGAAUUUGUGGAAGUCAUUUCAAUUCCAAAGAAUGACCUGCUGCAAAGAAUUGACGAACUAGUAGCAGAAGAACACCUUGCUGUGGAUGCCAGGGUGUACACUUACGCGUUGGCCCUGAAGCAUGCGACAGAAAAACCUCUCCAAGUCCCUUUUAUGAAGUUUUAAAUGGAGACAAUGAGAAAUUUGGAUGAAAAGUGCCCAGUUCCAAUGGCUUAGAAACAGAACUUGUCUGUACUUCAAGGUCCUUUGCUUUACUUGUAGAGCAAACACAAAUACUGGUAGGAAUGAUUGUGAUGUAUUUAUCUGGAAUUAUGUAACUGACACAGAGCAUUCUUUCCCCCUGCUCACUAGACUUGAUAAAAUAAUGGUAAUAAAACUGUUUAAUUUUCAGAA